UCGGCCAUAAUUGUGCCUGAAGGUUUGUCCGCCGGCCAUAGCCACGCCCCUCCCCCCUUCCUCUGCCUGUGAUUGGUUGGCUCCUCUCCUCCCUCCCCUGCUCUCCUUCAUCCAUGCCAGACUCUCCUCAUCCUCUCAAGUGAGCUGAAGGAUCCCGGCCGAGCAUCCGAGCCUGGGAGGCGAACGGCGCCGCCAUCACCUCCUUCACCCCCUUCUGUGCAAAGUUGCGUGUUUUCCCCAGCGCGAAGAUGCGCAGCCGAGCGCCAUCCGCGCAGCUCCAGAAGCUCUCCUCCUAAGACGGCGUCAAAUCCCACUUUUGGGACCUGGGAGCAAGGAACAAAGCAUCCUCUAUGAGAGCUCUUCUUCCUCCCCCUCCUCUUCUUCUUCUUCGCCCUCCGUCUCCUCCUCCUCCUCCUCCUCCUCUGGCCGCCGCCAACCGCCACCGCCGAGCACCACCAGCAUCUUCCCGGCUUGUGACUCGCCUUUCCCGGCUGGCUUGGGGGGUCUGCCGCCGCGGGGGGCAGCCGACGACCGCCGUGCAAGACGCCGCGCGCCGUACUCCGCGUGAAGAAUGCCCAGCAGCCGCGCUUGGCCAAGCCGGCCGACCCGGGCCCGGUGGCGGGCGGGGGGACCACCGGUGGGGGCGGCCUCUACAUGGAGCGCUCGCAGAGCCGCAUCAGCCUGUCGGCGUCCUUCGAGGCGCUCGCCAUCUACUUCCCCUGCAUGAACUCCUUUGACGAGGACGACGGAGUGGACACAGAUGGGCGUAAACUGAAGGGCGCCAUCCAGAGGAGCACGGAAACGGGUCUGGCGGUGGAGAUGCCGAGUCGGCCGCCGCGCCAGGCCAGCCACGAGUCCAUCGAGGACAGCAUGAACAGUUAUGGUUCGGAGGGCAACCUCAACUAUAGCGGCAUGUGCCUGGCCUCUGAUGCCCAGUUCAGCGACUUCCUGGACGGGAUGGGACCGGCCCAGUUUGUCGGCCGGCAGACUUUGGCCAUGACAUCAAUGGGUGACGUGGAGAUCGGCCUGAUGGAGAGAAACGGCGGUCUGGAGGUGGAGGUGGUCCAGGCCAGAGGACUCACCAUGAAAAUGGGCUCCAAGGGGCCUCCCGCGGCCUACAUCAAAGUCUACCUGCUGGAGAACGGCGCCUGCGUGGCCAAGAAGAAAACCAAGUCCGCCAGGAAGUCUCUGGACCCUCUUUACAACCAAGUGCUGGUCUUCUCUGAGAGCCCUCAGGGGAAGGUGGUCCAGCUCAUCGUUUGGGGCAAUUACGGGCGCAUGGAGCGCAAGUGCUUCAUGGGGGUGGCCCGCAUCCUAUUGGAGGAGCUGGACCUGAGCAGCAUGGUGAUUGGCUGGUAUAAGCUGUUCCCUACCUCGUCUAUGGUGGAGCCCACCAGCGCGCCCCUCCUGCGCCACUCGUCGCAGAUGUCACUGGAGAGCGCCGUGGGGCCCUGCUGCGAGCGCCCCUGAGACCUCCGCGGACACACCUGGGACAGGCACCGUCAGAUCCGCCAGACUUUGGACUCUCCACAGGUUCUCGUCCUCUCUUUUGGGACCACUCGGAUGAGGAUGCUGCCUCCUGUUUGGACCAAUGCGACGCUGCAGGUUCAGCAUCCAUCAAACACUCUCUCACAUUGUCUCCU